AAGUGUUUCCACGUAAAAUAAUUCUGGCCAAUCCACAACUUCGUAAAAACUAGCAUGAUUAUAAAAAGCACAACUUGGAAAGUAAAUCAUUUUACUUCAUUUAUAAAUGGUGCGCAGAAAGAUAAGCUUAGAAAAGCAGAUCCAAGCCAGUGCUCGGUCCUAUAACAUGUGGAAAAUCAUGAGGGAGAACUUGGAGGAUUUGACUAGCCCUAACCUAUGGAGAGCUGCGGCUGCAGAGCUUCUAGGGACCCUGUUUUUGGUCUUCUUCGGGUGCGCAACCGCCACCGGACAGCAAAUACAAACGAACAAUCCUCCAGACUAUGUGCAAAUUGCCCUUACGUUUGGGCUUAUCGUGGGUACUAUGGUAUGGGGCAUUGCUCACGUUAGUGGGGGGCAUAUCAACCCUGCCGUUACGUUAGCAGCCCUCGUAACAAGGCGUGUGAGUAUUGUCCGCGCCUUAAUGUAUAUUGUGUCCCAGCUCAUUGGCGCUAUUGUAGGAGCGGCUAUUCUGUUCGGAUUAACGCCCGCCAAUGCCCGGGGUGGGUUGGGCGUUAAUGCCAUGAACAAGGAAGUGACGGAAGCCCAGGGGUUCGGGGUGGAGGUGAUGAUAACGUUCGUCCUGGUGUUCACCGUCCUGGCGUCUAUCGAUGAGAAACGAACGGACCUCCAGGGAUCAGCUCCUUUGUCUAUUGGCCUGGCUGUUGCUGUUGGACAUUUGGUGGCCAUCGCCUACACCGGAUGUAGCAUGAACCCUGCCCGAAGUUUCGGACCCGCCGUCAUUCAAAACUCCUGGGAUGCACAUUGGGUAUUUUGGAUCGGGCCAAUGGUUGGCAGUUUUGUUGCAGCCCUUCUGUACGAGUAUAUAUUUUCUGCUGGAGCUUCAUUCGGAAGAACAAAACGAUGUUUAACCCGCAGCAGAGCACCAUCGGAACCGGAAAAGUCAGAAGAACUGGAAAAAGUAGAAAUUGGUGAAAUUGAGGACAAGAAAAGUCCCGAAUCUGAGGAAGAUCAGGUGAAGACUCAAAAUGGACAAUAAAAAGUGACUGUUAGCCAAUCACAAUCUGCGUUUUACAGUAUUUCAUUUCAUGUGUGUAUAUAUAUAGUUCAGUAUUUCUAAGUGUUAAGUUUGUGGUAAUUUAACUCCAAAUUGCAGCACAAAACGUCUAUUUCAUUUUUAUGUAUAAUCAGCCAAGUUAAAACGACCAGUGAGCACUGUAAUCCCCAUAAAGAUUAGCAUAAUAAGCACGUAUAACUGCAAUUUCAGUCUGUGUAUCGCUAUUUGAAUGUAAUGCUAUAAUUGAAUGCUUUUUAUUAGCUUCUUAUCGAGAAACAAGAACCAGCUGAAUAACCCGGGUGAUAAGGAACUUCCUUUGCCAUCAUAAAAGUCUAGAGAAGCUUGGAGGUAUCUUUGUUAACCACCCAAAAAGUUGUGUAAAAAUUAUGGUGCUGGAAUUACUACUGCUUUUUAGGUUAAAUACUCUGUCAGAAAGGUCAUGUUGUGAGUUAGUGAGAGAUGUUAAUCAUUAUUACCACAAUAACACACUGCUCUCGGUUUCUUGUUUUCGCGCAUGGCAUCUUCUGGUACUGUUCAGAAAUAUACACUCAAAACAAUAUAGGUGUAUUGUAAAUCAUUUAAAAAUGUGUACCUGUAAAGAAAACCGAAAGCAGUAGAAGUAAUUUAUUAAAGUUUUCUUGUCACACUAAGAGCCCAACCUUGCAUGCAGUUGAUAUAUUAAUUUGGUGACCGAAAUGAUAGCUUUGUAAUUUCUUGUGACAUAAAUUACCUCAAACUGGAUGAAAUCCUUUACAUUUUACUACAUUGUGCGCAUGUGCAAUGCCUCAUUAAUACAUGAAUCGCACGUAGGAAUGGAAGAUGUGUAGAUAUAUUGUGUAAGCGUUGUAUGAGAUUUGUAUUUAUGUAUAGUUAGAUAUUCUCUUUUAUGUUAAUCACCUAGUCCUCACAUCUGUGUUAAUUGAAGUAUCUAUAUUAUAGUAGAUUCAUUGUUGAUAUACAAAACUGUAACUUAUUAAUAUAAUAAUGAAAUAAAUUCUGAUUAUAAAAAAAAA